CCGCCGAGCCCCGCCCCGCGCCCCGCCCCCGGCCUCACGUAGUCCGAGCAGCGCCCACUCUAGCUCCGCUGGCGGCCGAGCCAUGAGCGAGCCUCCGGCGGACGUGUGCGCCUUCCUGCGCGAGCACCCGAGCCUGCGGCUGGAGCCCGGCGCCCGCAAGGUGAGGUGCACUCUGACCGGCCACGAGCUGCCUUGCCGCCUGCCCGAGCUCCAGGUCUACACCCGCGGCAAGAAGUACCAGAGGCUGAUUCGCGCCUCCCCGGCCUUUGACUACGCCGCGUUCGAGCCGCACAUCGUGCCCAGCACCAAGAACCCGCACCAGCUGUUCUGCAAACUCACCCUGCGUCACAUCAACAAGUCCCCGGAGCAUGUGCUGAGGCAUACCCAGGGCCGGCGGUACCAGAGAGCUCUGCGUAAAUAUGCAGAGUGCCAGGAGCAGGGUGUGGAGUACGUGCCCGCCUGCCUCCUGCACAAGAGGAGGAGGAGGGAAGGCCAGGUGGACAGUGACGGCCAACCUCGCCCCAGAGAAGCCUUCUGGGAACCUGAGUCCAGUGAUGAGGAUGGUGCAGCCCCAAGUGACAGUGACGACAGCAUGACAGACCUGUACCCACCCGAGCUGUUCACCAGAAAGAACGUGGGAGGGACUGAGCACGGAGACAACACUGAUGACUUUUUGACAGAUGAGGAUAAGAACCCAAGGCACCCAAGAGAGAAGGAGGACAGAGAGGAGAUGGAAGUGGACCGGGAGCCAGUCCUCAAGCGCCGGAAGAAGCAGUUGCGCUCCUCCAAGAAGUUCAAGAGUCAUCACUGCAAACCGAGGAGCUUCAGAUCGUUUAAACAGUCGGGUUAAUAAAAGAUUGCUGGAGAGAAGGCAUCUUGACAA